CAUCGAUGUUUUUCCAGCUCUACCGGCCUGAUGACUUUCGCGUUUUCUUGUUGAACUUUGCCGUCGUGUCGCUUUUUCUUUGGAGAUUUUGCCCUCUUGUUGACCCGUGACCUGCGACUUCACGCCGGUAGAUCCAAACGAACUGAACAUGGGUCUGCUGUAUGCUCUGCGCGUGAGGAUCAUGAAUUUCAUGAUCUUCUUUCUCUUUAUUAUUCUGCUGCCCGGUCUGCCUCCCCGUACUACCUUUCCCAUGAAGGAAUAUAUUGUGACGCCGCCCAAGGACUUAAAGGGUGCUUUGGAGCCAAACUUUCACCUGGAGGGAGCGGAGCGACUCUUGGAGGGGCGUGUCUAUGGCCCAGAGUGCUUGAUAGCCCGCAAUAACGAGAUUUACACCGGCAUCCACGGCGGUGAGGUCAUUAAACUAACCAGUAACCACGUCACUCACGUCACCAAGAUCGGUCAGCCCUGCGAGGACAUCUACGAGGAGUCAAGGUGUGGUCGUCCAUUGGGACUGGCCUUUGAUACGCAGGGAAACAAUCUGCUCAUCGCCGAUGCCUACUACGGGCUUUGGCAGGUGGAUCUGGGUACAAACAAAAAGACUCUGCUGGUGUCGCCCGCCCAGGAGCUCGCCGGCAAGAAUAUCAAUCGACCAGCUAAGGUUUUCAACGGUAUAACCGUAAGCAAAGGAGGCGACAUCUACUGGACGGACUCCUCCUCGGACUUUACCAUCGAAGACCUGGUUUUCGCUACGUUUGCCAACCCAUCGGGACGACUAUUCAAAUACAACCGCGCGAAGAAUGUGAGCGAGGUUCUUCUGGACGAACUGGUCUUCGCCAACGGCUUGGCUCUAAGCCCCAACGAGGACUUCAUCGUGGUGGCCGAGACAGGUGCUCUUCGGUUGACUAAGUAUCAUUUGAAGGGGCCCAAAGCUGGACAGAGCGAGGUCUUUGUGGACGGACUUCCCGGCCUUCCGGAUAAUUUAACGCCAGAUGCCGAAGGAAUUUGGGUGCCGUUGGUCUUGAGCUCCGAUAGUGAACAUCCUAAUGGGUUCACGCUUUUCACUCGCUUCCCCAGCGUACGUACAUUCCUGGCUCGUGUGCUGGCUCUGUUCGAGCUGCCUUUCCGCUACCUGAACAGCGUCUAUCCGAACAAGUUCUCUCAGCGAUUCGUCCACUUCGUUGGCCACAUGGAAAGCCUUAGUGUGCUAACCCCCAAGCGCACCACAGUGGUGCGGGUGGAUUGGAACGGCAACAUCGUUGGUUCGCUGCACGGCUUCGACAAGUCCGUGACGUCCGUAUCGCACGUUCUGGAGUUCCAGGACUUCCUAUUCCUGGGUUCGCCUACCAAUCAGUACCUGGCGCGCGUAAAGUCGCCAAAGGCUAAGCAGCCUACAGUUAAGGUGCGCAACGUGCGCGUCGAAGGCGAGGGUUUGCAGGCAUCCUUCGGUGAACCACCUAGCUCCACCACGGCCAAGCCGCAACCCAAGGUGGCGCCAACUACAACCACGCCGAAACCCACUACAACCACGCCUAAGCCUACUACCACCACGCCUAAGCCAACCACUCCGAAACCCACCACGACAACGCCAAAACCGACCACUACCACGACUACACAGAAGCCAACAACCAAGCCAGCUGAAAAGCCCACAACUACUUCUAAGCCGCCCACCACCACAACUACAACUCCCAAGCCAGCUACGACUACCACUAAGCGUACUGUGCCUAAGACACCCGCGCCGGUAGAGGAGGAUAUUCCUACCGACACCAAGCCACCCAAGAAGGAAAAGCUCAAGGUGAUCAACAAGCAGGGCGUCAAUGUGGAACUCUAAGUUCAGAGCCUGCUCCUAACCGGGGAUAUCCCCAGCCGCGAGAUUCGGUUAUGCACGUAGUCAAAGCCCAUUAUGUUAAAUGUAUUCUCAAUCUCUAGCUUCCCAAUUAGUUUUGGGGAGCAUUCUGUAUUUCCAUAGAUCAGGUUCGAUUAGUCAAAGUUUAGUUAAUGUCUGAAGACUAGCCGAAUGCUCAGCUCUGAUCACUUUGGAUCCUCCACGGGCAGCUCUUUAUAUGAUUUUGCAUAUAAUUCGGUUUUGCUUUGGCACCCGAUACAUUCCCUAAUUUUGUAUUUCACCGGAAGUGCAUUCCAUCUAGAUAAGAGAUUAAGCAAAACAAUGCCCAAAAUUGUUGAACUCGAGUAACUUUUUGAUUUUGUACUGAUUUUUUCUUAUUUUCAUUUAAAAAUAAAGGUUUUUGUAAAAUUA